AGAACAGGGAGCUGUCCCACGAGCACGCCUGUAUCCCGACAUGCAGCAGCAGCAGAAAACCAACAACUAACAGAAGAGAAGGACCAAGAGAAGCUAUCCUCGUUUUAGACUCGGCUCCAUCUCUGUUUCUCCAUCCUCGGUUCCUGCCCUGAGGAGGUCAUGUCCCAGUCUGGGAAAGUCCUCCAUCUGUAUGUGGAGGUGAGACCUGCCCCGGAUCAGAGCGGAGGCAAAGGGGCCUUUGGAGAAGAUGGAGGAGUGAAGUCUUCGGCUCAGGACGGCCCUGCGGAGCUCCUGUCUCAGCUGACGACCCAGACGACCUGUCCGAUGGUCACAAACUCCUCCACUGCUCACCGGCUGGUUCAGGACUGCUCACAGAAACCGUCUCCGUGUCGGAAGGCCGACGGGUUCCAGCUCCAUCGGUCCGGCAGCUCGCCGACAGGAGGCAAGAGGAGCGAUGGAGUCUCCAUCCUCCGCUCCUCACGAGCACCUUCUCCUCCUGGACGGGUCGUCCUCCCUCACACGCCUCCUGGCUGCCGGAGGUUAAACCAGGAGCAAGUCAGCGACGGGAAGCGCUCCGUGGUCACCUUCAGUUACAUUGAGAAGUCCAACGUGAAGACGCUGGACAGUCCCCGCAUGAGGGCGACCAGAGAGGAAAGGUCCAAUCCCUCCCACUUUCGAAAGCGCCUCAGCGACCCAGUUUGGUUUGGGAGUCCCGAUUCAUCGUGCAGCUCGAGUCCCAAGUUGACUUUCCAAUCACCAGGACGUCACCAGCAGACCUUCUCUCCCAGCUUUCGUCCACCAGCCUUGGACCCCAUCGGCCGGGCAGCGACCCAGAGGGCGGUGGAGGAGUUCGGAUCCCCUUUGCUGAGGAUUAAACUGGCCCAUGCACUGGAGCAAACCUCGUUUUCACGUUGCAGCAAACAGCCCCGCUGUCAGUCCUGGGCCGGCUCUCCUGUCCAGCAUCAGAACAUCAGCCCCAAAGACAACUUCACAGAUCGGAGCCAUGCCAUCCUGGGGCUGCCCCGGAGCCCAGCGUCUGACCGGCUCUCCUCCCAGUCCAGGCCGUCCUCUGACUCCAGGCCCGGGUCCUUUGUGGAGACCCAGAGCCCUCGCCACUGGUCGGGAGAGGAGAGGCCGGCGGUGGGAAGUCCAGCCACCAAACAACACAUCCGCCGGACCUGUAACAGGAGCUCCUCUCCACAGGGAGCGAUCCUUCAACUAGGCAAUAAUUUAGUGGAGGGCUUGAACCAGUUGAGCGACAGUAAGUCCUCGUCCCCGGCUCACAGCCCUGAAGUUGCUCGCAGGCUCGCGGAGGAGGCCACCAAAGUAUCUUCCAUUCUAUCCGAGGUGAGGAGGUCCUCGUUGCACAAUGCUUUAGGCGAGAUCACAAGCAGCUCCACCUCUGGAGGGUUUCACAGUUUUCCUCCACAUGCACAAGCGUCUCAGCCAAUGCUUAAGAUGAACAUCCCUUUAAACGACAGACACAUGCCAGCACCUGACAACACAGACUCUCACCAGCCUGAGGACUCCGUCGUGCAGUCGCUCAGUCAUUCGUAUGAAACAAACUCUCACGCUAAUUUCAACCUGGACGUUCAGAAACCGCAGCAUCAGAGCUCGGUGUUUCCUGCAGCUCAGAGCUCCCCCGCACUUCCCUCACGUUUCCACCGUCCCUCUCAUCCUCCCACUGAGUUCUGCUCCCCCGUGAGGGACCCCAGGUUAUUCCAAGCUGAGCUCCGAUCUCCAGACACCCCCACCCUGCAUCGCCGGCUGCCCCCACAGUACACUGGAGACUCCUGGUCCCCGGUCCUGGACAGGACAGAAGACCUGAGCUGUUGCGAGAAAGGGGAUUGCACUGAGCUGGCUCGUAGGCUCUUCAUCAAUCAGAGUGUUGAGGAGGCACCGGUCAGCUGGACUUCCAGGCAGCAGUGGGGGGAUCAUGUAAAGAACAGCCCACGGCAAAGUUCCGAGCCGGGACUCGGUCCCAACGAAGACAAACCUCCUGAUGGUCAAUCCAUCCAGCGCCGCCGGCCGCUCAGCCCCACGGCCCAGCAGAAACGAGCUGAGCAGAGGAGGAGGGAGAUCCUGCUCCUGGGACCAGUGGUGCUGGACUCCCCGGAGGAGGAUGAGGGCUGCGAUGAAGAGGGAGGCGGCAAUGAGGUGGAGGGACACGAGGAGGGGCAGCAGCCUCGUCUGCAGAGGAUGGAGGAGCCUCCCGAGGCAGAGCAGAACGGAGGCAUGGGGGGGUCGUCCUCGCGGAGCUCCAGCGGGGUGACGGGCAGCCUGGGGGACAGGGACUGUGUGUCCCCGGAGUCCAGCCAGUCCAGUCACCAGAGCAACGAGACUGGAGCCGCCACCUCAGGGAUUCAGACGGACAGCGGCUGCACGGGGCCCGUGCCCUCGCUCCACUGUCAGAGGAUCGCUCGGGCCAAGUGGGAGUUCCUGUUCGGGACCCCUGCUGAGGAGGCUGCCGGCGGGGGGGAGAAAAGUGAGGACACCUCUGGUUCCUCUCAUCUUUAA